AAGAGCCACCGGGAUGGAGGGGACGCCGCUCCUGGAGCCGAAGAAGAUCCCCAAAUGGCGAAGAAUCAACAUACCCGCUGUUAUUUCCGUGGCCUGCAUUUCACUUGCUGUCUUGGUGGUGUACUCUGCUAUGCAUAAUGAGCAGGCACCGGUCAUUGCGGACCUCUCGCUGUCACCAGCUGUUGCAUACAUACCUGCCGUGGGCCAACAGAGACUACAGUACAUCUAUGUCCCUGAGCAGGCGCUGCAGCAACAGAAGAAGAAAGCUUCAAAGUUCACGACACCAGAGGAUCCUCUCUACUUGCCCCAGCCUUUGCUUCCUUCAUUUGCAGUUGCAAACGGAAACAUCCUCGCUGGGGCAGGAAACAACACCACUGCCGACGGUGGUCUGCCUCCAUGGCAUGUUCGGUCUUGCGCCAUUUCGUCGUUGGUGACUCAGGCAAAAGGGGUCCUCAUUCAGUGGGACAAGUGCGGGUACAUGUUCCAGGGUCAACCCAAGUUUGAGGAUCCAGCAAACCCCAUCGCUCCCAGUGCGGAUGGCACAGUCGGAGUGAUCUCUGCUCCGGCGGACGACAAGGAAUGUACCCCGUCCAAGAUGAACUCGCCCAAGUGCAGAAUAGAGUUCACACGUACCAUCGCCAGAAAUGACCACGAUACUCUUUACAAAUGCAUGUUGAGCAUUCGCGGUCUCUCCCAGACUUGUGAGCGAUACCUACUCUGCUUGUGGUCCCACCCCUCUUUUGGAACACAGUCUGUUUG